CACGCAACACGGGCCAGGUUGUGUGACUUACAAGUGCGGGGCAGAGGAGACCGACAGCCCGCAGACACAGCACCACCACCACCACCACCACCACCACCUUGUCCAUUGAUUACUCAUCUAAUCGAUACUUCACUGGACCGCACCACCGUCAUCCAGACGCACAACAGCGCUGCAGACAUGCCGUCUCUGCGACACUCGUACACCGUGACUGUAGCGGAGGAGCCGGCCGCUCUCUCCGUGGACAGAGCCGACCUGCGGAGGAAGAGUCCCUCCUUGUCCCGGUCCAAGCUGGUGUCCACCUUCAUGGGUCUGAUCAUCAACCAGGCCAAGAACAAGAGUCCUCAAGGCCUGGUGGGACUGAGGAACCUGGGCAACACAUGUUUCAUGAACUCCAUCCUACAAUGCCUGAGUAACACUACGGAGCUGAGAGAUUACUGCCUGAGAAACAUCCACCGCUCAGACCUCAACAACAACAACAGCACCACGAACGCUGCUCUCAUGGAAGAGUUUGCAAAGCUGACUCAGAGCCUGUGGACUUCUGUGAACAACGAGGCCAUCAGUCCCUCUGAUUUCAAAAGCCAGAUCCAGAGAUUCGCUCCCAAAUUUGUGGGCUGCAAUCAGCAGGACGCCCAGGAGUUUCUACGUUUCCUAUUGGACGGUCUCCAUAAUGAGGUGAACAGAGUGACAGUCCGGCCGAAGGUGUCCGUCGAGGACUUUGAUCACCUAACGGAUGAUGAGAAAGGCAAGCGGAUGUGGAACAUGUACUUGGAGAGAGAGGACAGCAAAGUCGUAGAUCUGUUUGUUGGACAGCUGAAGAGCUCUGUGACUUGCACCGUCUGUGGUUUCCGCUCCACAGUGUUUGAUCCAUUCUGGGACCUAUCCAUACCAGUUGCACAGAAGAGCUCUGGAGAAGUUUCUCUCAAAGACUGCCUGAGGCUCUUUACAAAAGAGGAUGUGUUGGACGGGGAAGAGAGACCGACGUGCAACAGAUGCAAAACCAGAAGAAAAUGCACCAAAAGAUUCAGCAUCCAGAAGUUCCCUCAGAUCCUCGUGCUUCACCUGAAACGUUUCUCAGACUCCAACAUCCGAACCAGCAAACUCUCCACUUAUGUCAACUUCCCUCUCAAAGAGCUGGACCUGCGGGAGUUCUCCUCGGAGAGCAGUGAUCGUGCUGUGUAUAACCUGUAUGCAGUAUCCAACCACUCUGGAAACGCUCUGGGAGGCCAUUACACAUCCUACUGCAAGAACCAGACCCUGGGGGAGUGGCACAGCUACAACGACUCCAGGGUGAGCCCAGUGUCCUCCAGCCAGGUGCGCAGCAGCAACGCCUAUGUCCUCUUCUACGAGCUGUCCUCAUCCGCACACGGCAAAUAUCAGACGUGUCGGCUUUAGACGCUGAGGAGGAGGAGGAGUUGAUAUGCUGCACUUUACUGGUGGAGGCUGACGCCGCCUGCUGGAAGAGAGCUCCGCCUAGUGGGGAGAGUCCCACCAUUACAGACUGUGAAUGUGGAGCACAAAGAUAUGGCGCAGGGAGAGAAAAAAACGCCCUCUGAUCUUCAGCUCAAUGUGUUUUUGAGGGUUAAAGGCUGGAUUUGAAGGCACAUUCGAACUUCGGGAUGUCAAGCCGGACUCGUACGUUGGAAGAAACUGAAGUAACACAGAGAAAACAUGACUGACAUUUAACAAAAAAAAAGUGUACAAUUCAGCUCAAGGCACAGGAGUCAAACUUAAAAUGACGUUUUUGGAUUGUUUCAUUGUGCACAUUCGAAAGAAGACUCUAAAAAAAAUAAAAAUAAAAAUAAAAAAAGACACUUAACAGCUGUGCCUGGACCUGAGUCUGCACCCAGUCAAGUGGAUUUUCUUCGACUUUUCAUGCACUCCGGACAUGGACUAUUAACCAUAAGGACAUUAAUAUGUGAUGACAUUGCAGAGACUUGAAAAAUGCCUCACACAGCAACUGCAAGAUAUAAUUUAUUCUAUUUAACAGAAUGCCAGUAACUGAAGGAGCAUACUGUAUAUAUUAUGUCAUUGAACAAAGCCUUAUAGUUUCCUCUUAGAACAGUGGGAAUCCAAUAAUGUAGAGAGGAAUGUUUUUUUUGUCAAAGCACAUAUUAUUUUUGUACAGUAUUUAUGGACAGCGCGGUGAAUGUAACUGUUCUGUGGGAAAGCCAGACAUACCAAAGCAGCUGUAUAAAAAUGCAUCAACGAUACUUCUUGCAGCAAUAAUGUUUGCUGACUUUACACUUAAGUCAGUUCAGAGUCAAUCAAUGAUUAAAAUUAAA